AUGCGAGAGCCCGCGGCCGCGCUGCCACCGCUCCCGGCCGGGCUUCCCCCGCGGGCGGGCGCGCCGGAGCCUACGCGCAGAGCGGCCCUGGCCCAAGAUGAUCCCACCGGGGGAGUGCAUGUACGCGGGGAGGAAGCGGAGGAAGCCCAUCCAGAAACAGUAACGAAACCUUCUGUGGGGGCUGAGAAGUCGAACCCUUCCAAGCGGCACCGAGACCGCCUCAAUGCUGAGCUGGACCACCUGGCCAGCCUGCUGCCCUUCCCGCCCGACGUGGUCUCCAAGCUGGACAAGCUCUCGGUGCUGCGUCUCAGCGUCAGCUACCUCAGGGUGAAGAGCUUCUUCCAAGCCGUGCAGGAGAAGUGCCCGCACCAGCCAGUGGCUGGGGCCCCCUCACCAGGAGACAGUGGUCCCCGUGGAGGGUCGGCCGUGCUGGAGGGAAGGCUGCUGCUGGAGUCCCUGGACGGCUUUGCUCUGGUGGUGAGCGCGGAAGGGGUGAUAUUUUAUGCAUCAGCGACGAUCGCGGACUACCUGGGCUUCCACCAGACGGACGUGAUGCACCAGAACAUUUAUGACUACAUCCACGUGGACGACCGCCAGGACUUCUGCCGGCAGCUCCACUGGGCCAUGGACCCUCCCCAGGUGGUGUGUGGGCAGCCCCUGCGCUCGGAGACAGGAGAGGAUAUCAUCCUGGGGAGGCUGCUCCGGGCCCAGGAGGGGGCGGCUGGCCCCACCGAGUACUCGGCCUUCCUGACGCGCUGCUUCGUCUGCCGCGUGCGCUGCCUGCUGGACAGCACCUCGGGCUUCCUGACGAUGCAGUUCCAAGGAAAACUCAAAUUCCUGUUUGGCCAGAAGAGGAAGGCGCCGUCGGGAACUGUCCGGUCCCCUCAGCUCUCGCUGUUCUGCGUCGUGGUGCCCGUGCUCCUGCCAUCGGUGGCUGAGAUGAAGAUGAAGGGAGCGUUUCUGCGGACGAAGCACAGGGCAGAUGGCUCCACCGCGAUGGACACGAAAGCAAAAGCCACCAGGAGUCUGUGUGUAUCAGAAUUGCAUGGAAAACCCAAUUACUUAGCAGGAAGAAACGGUGGAGAAAACGGCAUUUCUGUGUUCAGGGCACAGAUGGACGCCUGCCGCUGGGCCCGGGUUCCCGCCAGGGCCACGUGCCUGUGCCUGCGGGGUGGCCCCGACCUCGUCCUUUACCCCGAGGGGGCCACCGGGGACUGGGGAGGAGAGGAGCAUGGGAGGGUGCCCAGCGGCGGCUCUGGGGUGAGGAGGAGGAGGGAAGCACACGCUUACGACUGCUGCUUCGAGACGCCAGGACCCACGAGGCAACUGAGCUGGACGGCAGGCAGACACGGUCAGGACGGCCCCAAGCCAAAGCUGGAGCCCAGCAGGAGUGACCCGUUCCCUGUGCAUGCCACCUCUCGGGGCUCCUGCGUGCCCUACCCCAGUGCCCCGGGCACUGUCCCUGGCUUCCGGAAUUCCCCUGGUGCUCACCAGGCCCCCGGUGCCUAUGCCAGCCAGCCGAGCAGAGCCUUGCAGGAUGGUGAACAGGGACCGGUCCACUCUUCCGCCAGCGGCCCCUUCCCCCUGGGGAGCCUGGAUAGCCAGGUUCCUCCACCGGGAGUGCAGUGCCUUGCAGUAGGGGGCUAUGCCACCCAGGACAUCAAGUUGCCGGGUGUGCCCAUGCCUCCGGAGGCCCCGUGCAACCCCAUGUUGUCACUCAAUGUGCCCAUCAAGAUGGAAAAUGACUCUGGGUCCGAGGAUGCAGCCGAUAGCUACGCUGUGUCCCCAAGCCAGGUGUGGCUGGGAGCCGGUGACGUGGCUAAGAGACAGCUGGUCACCUUCCCUACCAGGAUGCACCUGAAGACAGAGCCCGACUCCAAGCACCACCUAUACUCCCCGCACCUGGGGCAUGGCAUGCUGGGGGCUCCCCCCAGGCCCGGCAGGGAGCUGGCCCCCUUCCACCCUGCACACUUUGUCUGCCUGGAGCGUGGGCACGGCCCUCCUGAGCCAGAGCCUCCCCCCUGCCUGUGCGUGCGGGGCCACCGCCCUCCCACUCUGGGCUGUGACUGCAGAGCGCCGGGGACUGCACCCAUGAUCAAGCUUGAGCCCUUGGACUCACCCCCAUGGGCUGCUCACAGUCAGGGUGGGGCGCCCAGGAUGCUCCCCAAAAGUGUCUUGGCGACACUGGUGCCGCCCAAAGCCUCUGAGUGCUCUUUUCUGCCCUGA